AUGGCGACGUUCGUGACGCUUCAAGACCCGGUCGCAGGGAGAGUCCAUCAGAUCGUCCCAUCUUUGAGCGGCGAUUGCUCUACCGCGGCCUCAUCUGCCUGCGUCGGCGACUGGGUGGCCUUCGGAACGGCCGGACUGUCGAGGUAUACCGUCGGCAGCAGAGGCAAUGACGGUGCCGGUGCCGCGGUGGGAGCCUCACAGGAUGAAAAUGUGCUGAGUCGCGUUGCGGGUGAACUAUCCUACGCGGCCGGCUGUCGCACCAGCGAUCUGAAUCUCCCCGCGGGCCUCGACGUGAACGCGGGACUGUUCCUCGCGCCGACGACGUCCGGAGGCGGCGGCGGCGGCAGGAGCCGUCCCGACUUCUAG